UUAUGAGAUCACACAUGGGAUCUUUAUUUUUCUGCUUUUCAUCAUGAUCUUCGAUCCAAUCCUCGAAUAAAAGCACAUAGGAGCAGACAUCGCAGUCAGGUUUGUCUCAUACCACCUUCCUCUAUAAAGCAGCCACUCAACCAUAUCUCCAGUUAAAACGCCACUUAUCAAAACAGACUCGGUUUCUCGCGCUCUCUCUCUCUCUCGUCUUAAAUGGACAAACCCAUGGCAGAGCCAUGGCGACCGGACUUGGCCCUUUUCCGACCACCAGAGACGCCAAGCGAACCUAUGGAGUUCCUCUCGCGUUCUUGGAGUAUCUCGGCCUUGGAGGUCUCAAAAGCCCUUGCUCCGCCACAAAUGGUUCUCUCUAAGACCAUGAGUGGCUGUACCAUACAGGAGGACAUUGCUGGAGAGCUAGAGGAGAGUGCUACCGUUUCUGGGAACCCAUUUUCUUUUGCUUCCUCUGAGACCUCUCAGAUGGUCAUGGAAAGAAUCAUGUCACAGUCGCAGGAGGUAUCCCCACGCACUUCAGGCAGGCUCUCACACAGCAGUGGCCCUCUUAAUGGUUCCUUAACCGACAGUCCGCCUGUCUCCCCGUCCGAGAUGGACGACGUCAAGUAUUGCCGUCCAAAUAAUAUCGCUAACACCCAGUUCCGUACACCCUCUGCCACGCCUGGUGCUGCCAUUAGUACCGCCGGAGGCGGUGGUGGUAAGACUGUUGGUAGGUGGUUGAAGGACAGGAGGGAGAAGAAAAAAGAGGAGACAAGGGCCCACAAUGCCCAGCUUCACGCCGCUAUUUCUGUAGCUGGCGUCGCUGCAGCCGUUGCUGCCAUUGCUGCCGCUACCGCAGCAUCUUCUGGGAAUGGGAAGGAUGAGCAAAUGGCGAAGACUGAUAUGGCGGUGGCGUCUGCUGCGACAUUGGUUGCGGCUCAAUGCGUGGAGGCUGCGGAGGCCUUAGGGGCAGAGCGAGACCAGCUAGCUUCUGUUGUCAGCUCUGCUGUAAAUGUGCGGUCUCCAGGUGAUAUCAUGACAUUAACAGCCGCGGCAGCGACGGCUUUGCGUGGAGCGGCAACGUUGAAGGCCAGGGCAUUGAAGGAGGUGUGGAACAUAGCAGCAGUUAUUCCUGUGGAUAAAGGGUUAGGUGCAGGUGCUGGAAAUGGUAAUUCUAAUGGUAGUUUUAGUGGUGAACUUGUGCCUGAACAGAAUUUCCUGGGGAUCUGCAGCAGGGAACUGCUAGCCAGAGGCUGUGAACUCCUCAAGCGCACUCGUAAAGGUGAUCUUCACUGGAAAAUAGUUUCUGUUUAUAUCAACAGAAUGAAUCAGGUUAUGCUGAAGAUGAAGAGCAGACAUGUGGCUGGGACCAUAACCAAAAAGAAAAAGAAUGUGGUGUUGGAGGUUAUCAAAGAUAUUCCUGCCUGGCCAGGACGCCACCUGCUCGUGGGUGGUGAGGAUCGGAGAUAUUUCGGAUUGAAGACUCUGUUGCGGGGAGUUGUGGAGUUUGAGUGCUUGAAUCAGAAGGAAUAUGAUAUGUGGACUCAGGGUGUGUCGAGGCUUCUGGCCAUGGCAGAAGAAAAGAACAAUAGAAAUAGAAUUUAACUCACACAAAGGGGGCAAAAGCUUUGCAAUUGGGAACGGGAAACUGGGAUAAAUAGUAAAUACAUGGCCCUAGUGAACGUUAACUAAGUUUUUAAAUUUCGGUUGGGCUAUAUAUAUUUCUGUUUGUUCUGUUCCUAUAUUUUGUUAAGGAGAAAUCAAAGAUUUUAGUUAUAUCCAAUAUUUUGGAGGCCAAUCUCUUUUUGUUUUGGGAGUGGGAAUAUAUUUUUGUCUUGGAACUGGAAAAGUAAAGUGUGUUGAAUCAAAAGGAAGUAGAAGCCAUGUGAUGAAAGCCAUUGUUUCUUUCAGUGAACAGGUAACGAAAGGAGCAACUUGGUUGGGGUGGUCAAAAAGGGGGUGAAAGGAAGAAGAGCCCAUUGUUAUGAUAGUAGAAUGUAGAAACUAAUUUCAAAUAUAAAGGCAGUGAGUGCUUUUGUUUUUUA